AUGAUGCGUUCCUUCGUCCUUGGGAGUAUUGUCCCUACUGUGCUGGGACUCGUUGCGCAGCAUGUUUCUGUGGCCAACGAGAAGACUUCUCUCACGCUCCUUUAUCAGAACAAUCUGAAUGCAUCGGAUGCCUCAAACCACAUCAGUGCGAUCCUACUUGACCCAAUGUACCAGCAAGAUGUGCGGGAGGCAUGUCAGGAAUUCGGAGAGACGCUGAUCUCCCAAACAAGCCUCCAAGAACACAAAGAGGAUUUCAAAUAUCUCUUCUCUUGGCUCACAUACUCCGGAAGAACAACAUCAGACGCACACUUUUACAUUCGUGAAGGCGUACUCUCCGUUUCCAAAGAUUCGGAUGAUUUCGUUGUCUCCAACUUUCCACCUCAAAAUGCAAGGCUUCCUGUUUUAUGCACCCAGACAGGCAACGAUUCCGUGGUUGAGGACACAGACAGUCGUCCAAAGCAGCUGCGAGUAAUGUCCGAAGGUAACUCGUAUGUCGGUUUCCGCGAUCAAAAGUCGUUUCGCUUCUUGGGUAUUCCAUAUGCCGACCCUCCUCGGCGCUUCAAGCACGCAACACUCUAUUCGCAAAAAGACAAGAUUAUUCGCGCGACCAACUAUGGUUCUGCAUGUGCUCAGAGCGGCGGCGGCAGUGAGGACUGUCUAUACCUGAACAUUCAAACACCCUACAUACCCAAGGAGGGAUCGCGUGAGGGCCUGAAGCCUGUCAUGUUCUGGAUUCACGGCGGUGGCUUUACUGGAGGAACAGGCGCGGAUCCGCUUACAGAUGGUGGUAACCUGGCAUCACGCGAGGACCUCGUGGUGGUCACAUUUAACUAUCGGCUGUCGACACUUGGAUUUCUGGCUAUUCCUGGCACUGAUAUUACCGGAAACUAUGGAAUCUCAGACCAGAUUCUCGCCCUUGAGUGGACUAUUAAGAAUAUCGCGCAAUUCGGAGGUGAUCCAAAGAAGAUUACCAUCAUCGGUGAAUCGGCCGGCGCGGGCUCGGUCAGAGUGCUACUAGGGUCUCCUCCUGCUUCAGGAAAGUUCCAAGGCGCCAUUGCCAUGUCAAACCUGGGUGGCGGUGCUGGGCUCGGGCUGGAGAGCGACUACGCAACGACGUACAGUUCAUAUCUCACAGUUGACGAGUCCUAUAAGCUAGCGGGUCCGCAAAUCUUCUCUGAAGCAGGCUGCAACAGCGGCAGUCUGGAACAUAAGAUAUCUUGCCUAAGAAAUGUUCCUGCGUCAACCCUCGUCGGGUUGCAGACUGUUGCGCGUUAUGUCGUCCAAGACGGUCAUUAUGUGACAACAAAGGAGCUCGAUCUACUUCGGAAAGAGGUCACCACCUCCAAUGUGCCGGUCAUGUUCGGCAUUGUCGCCAACGACGGCGCAUCGUUCAGCACGUACCCCAAAACUCCUGUUAGUUCCGAGCUUGAAGGCAUUCAAGCAGCCCUAGGUAUCAGUGAGAAAUACGCCCAAACUGUCAUCCACUCGGGUCUAUUCCCUUACUACGACACGGGCAAUGUGACUCUGGACUCUUUCAACGUCUCUCAACGGGUAGCGACAGACUUGCAAUUCCGCUGUAUCGAUCAGGCCACUGUAUUUGCCGGUGUUGUCUCUGGAGUGUUCCAACCUUCAUACUUUUAUCAGAUACAGAGGACAACCGGUGGGUAUGACCCUAACAAUCUCGGCGGCCCUCCUGCAACGCAAGGAUUCCCGAAUGGUGACCCGGAGCUGCCCUACUUUCGUCUUCAUGGUGCAGAUCUCCCUUGGGUCUUUGGGACGCUAACCACCCUGCGCGACCCUCUCGAUCUUUUCUCAAUGCAGCUUGUGUCUGCCUACUUUGCCGAGUUUGUUCGAUCCGGCCAACCGAACCCUCCGCCGGAGUACCUCCAGGCGCGAGGGUAUAAGCAGACGCUGGACGCCAUCAACAAUUUCGAUCGAUGGGAGCCGGUGUCUCACUCCGAGGGACCACUGCAGCUCCUCGAUUAUCCUAGUGUGCGAGCUCCUUUCCAGGAUCUGGCUCAGUGUGAAUUCUUGGGUUACCCGAUCACAUACUACUUCCAUUAA